AUGGCACCAGCGAAGUCUCGAGAGAGAGAGGGCUCCUCUCUCCGAAGAAAUGAAAAGGAGAGAGACGGAGGGCGUCAGCGGCUUCCACCACAUGCCGACUCAGCACCAGUCGAAUGGAAUCUCCUUCCCGUGUCUGAGCAGUCUGAGGGUGAUGGAAUCUCCUAUGAGAGAAGAAUUUGUGAGUCAGUGGUGAUCGAAAAAGAAGGAUUUUGUCCAAGUGGUCUUAUCAAUCCUCAUUGGAUUGGGAAGUUGGUUUGGGAUUUUGGAGUGAUGUUUUGUGUUCUCAUGGAUGCGAUGGUUUUGCCUUUCCAACUCACCUUCAAAAGCAACCUUGGGGCGGACAGCUUUGACACUGUGUGGCUUUGGACGACGACCUGGAUCUUUGGCAUCGACAUCAUUUUUAGCUUCAAUUGUGCCAUUGAGAGUGAGGAUGGAGUCCAUGGAGCCAAAAGCAAACUGAUUCUGGACCGGGUGAAGAUUGCGAAGAGCUAUCUGCGCGGAUGGUUUGCCAUCGACUUUGGCUCAACCGUCCCCUGGGCACAGCUCAGUGAGGCGUGGCUAUCUGGCGGUUCUUCGUCGCAGCUCACGCGGCUCACCAAGGUGGUGAAGUUCGUUCGGCUGCUGCGCUUAGUUCGGAUGCUUCGCCUGGCCAAGCUGGGACAGAUCUGGGAGCGCGUGGAGCAUCGCAUCGGUUCUCUCUUUCUGCUGCAGUGCAUUUCGCUGCUCCGCGUUUUGUCCGUUGUGGUGGCGAUGUGCCACUGGAGCGCAUGUCUCUUUUGGCUCAUCGGACUCCCUCGAAACAUCUUUACGGACGUCUUCUUCUCCGAAGAUGAGCAGCAGGUGAAGAAUGAGAUGGGCAAGAGGAUGUAUCAGGCAAUGGGUGAGCUGCAUCAGUCAUUGUCCAGCAUUGAGGUCAGGUCAUGGCUGCUCUAUGAGCAUGACACCAUGAAGUGCAUGGCCCCUGAUGAGAAGGAGUCCAACAUGGCUUGGAUGAGCUUGUGUGGGAUCUAUGAGCACUACAAUGAUGCUGGCAAGAAGUCACAUGAGCUGAUCCAUGAGGUGGUUGAGAACAUCAAAGCAGCCAUGAGGUCCCAGAUGUUCCAGAUCCAUGAGCCUGCAGAUGCCACAUAUGAGGAGAUGAUCAGGGGAGAGUUGAUAGGAUUCACGCAUUGGCUGCUGCAUGAGCUCUGUGAGAUCUAUGAGCUGGAGACCAAUGAGCACUUCAAGCCAGCCAUGAGCAGCCUGAUGAGCCAAUGGCCACAAAGGGAUGUCAUGAGCUCCAUCCUCCAGCAUGGCAAGUCCAUCAGGUGGGCUGGUGAGAGACAGGAUGAGGCAUUUGCAGCAAAGGCUAUGGUGCCUGAGGGGAUGGGUGCUCAUGAGAUGGUCAGGCAUCCAUGCCCAACAAGCAUGAGGGUGAGCAAGAUGAGAAAUUGGCUACUCAUUGAGUAUGAUGCCAUGAGGGUUGGGUGCCAUCCGGACCAUGAGACCAUGUGGGCUGGCAUUUGCACAUUGGCCCACAUCAGCGCAUUCAAGAUGAUGGUGAGCUUCAUGUUGUGCAGUGAUGAGGAGGUUCAAAGCCAUGGGAUCUAUUCCACCAUGAAUGAUGAGGGCAAGAGCAGGGAUAAGAUCCUGAAUGAGAUCAAGGCCAACAUUGAUGCUGCCAUGGAAUGUGGCCUCAUGGUCAUGGUUGAGCCUGGGAUGGGUCAGUGGGACGAGCUCAUGAGACAACCCCAUGAGAUUCCAAAUGAGACUGAUGGAGAGUUGAUGAGUGGCACUGGAGAUCAGUUCUUUGACUUUGAUGCCCUGGAUGAGCUCUAUGAGGCUAUGGAUGAGCGCCAUGAGUCUGCAUCUUGGCAUGAAUGGGUGGGUAUGGAAAAGGAGUUGAUGAGUGGUGGAGAUCAGUUCUUUGACUUUGAUGCCCUGGAUGAGCUCUAUCAGGCUUUGGGUGAGCACCAUGAGAUUGAUGCAAUGGGUGAGCUCUAUGAGUCUAUGGCUGGUGCUGCCUUUGAUGAAGAGCGCCAUGAGGCUGCAUCUUGGCAUGGCACGUCGGAGACCUAUGUCUUUUGCUUCUACUGGACUCUUGGGGUCAUGAGAACGAUGCCAGCCGAAGUCACGCCAGUGAACCUGCCCGAGAGGGUCUUUGUUUUGAUUUUCAUGUUUUUCGCCUUGUCCGCCUUUGCCAUUUCCAUCGCGCUGAUUACGCAAUCCUUCUUCAAGCUUUCGGAACGCAAGAAGGCCUUCAAUGAGGAAUAUGCGGCAGUGCGUUUACAUCUUCAGAGAACCAAAGUGAGCGAAGAUAUCCAGUUUCGUGUGAAGUCCUAUCUGAAAUAUCUCUUCGACCAGCGGAAGACUCAUGCUAAAGAGGCGACAUUGCUGAACUCUUUGCCAGAUGAGCUCAAAGAUCAGGUUUUCCGAUGUCAAGCCUUGCACCAUAUGAUGCGACUGCCCAACAUGCAACACUUCAGGCGGUCUCAUCGCCUACGCUUGGCGGCGGCGGCCGCGACGUGCGAUUUCAUGCCCGGGCAAGCCUUGGUGAAGCGCAACGAUCCCAUCGAAGCCUCUUGGAUUUUGAUCUCGGGACAGCUCCACAAGGAUGGAUGGAAUGUCGACGAAUACCCCACGGUGGUCCAUGCCGAGUGUUUGGAGCCGCACGGGCACGAGCCGCUCCUGUCGGACUGUCAAGUGGUGGCCACCGAGGUCUCGGAGGUCCUUCGUGUGGACAAGGCGGGAUGA